AAGAAAGAGAGUCAAAUCUCGAGAAAAAAGGCCAAGGCCCCACUCAGAUUCAACUCAUAACCCAUAAACAAUAACUCUGUUCUUCUUGAUUCCUCAACUUCUCCCGAUCUCUCCCGAAUCGUCUUUCUCCGGAGAGGGAGGGAGAAUAUCUGAGAACCCAUUCACUUUCAGGAUCUGGGUUCGAUUCCAAUCGAAUUUUCCCGGAAAAUUCGCCCGAAUAUGAGCUCCAGUUUCGGUGCUUCUGGUUUGGUUAGGUACCUGGAGUCGGCUCUGGGGAUCUCUCUCGGCGACUCGGUGUCUGACGACGUCGCGCUUGUGAUCGCUACCACGUCGUUGGCGGUGAUUGUGGGUUUCGCGGUGUUGCUAUGGAGGAAGACAGCGACGGAUCGGAGCCGAGAGGUGAAGCCGGUGGUGGUUCCCAAGUCUCUGAUGGCCAAGGACGAAGACGAUAAUUUUGAUUUGGGAUCCGGGAAGACCAGAGUCACUAUCUUCUUCGGUACUCAGACCGGAACUGCUGAGGGAUUUGCUAAGGCAUUAGCAGAAGAAAUCAAGGCGAGAUAUGAAAAAGCAGCUGUCAAAGUUGUUGACAUGGAUGACUAUGCUGCGGAUGACGACCUAUACGAAGAGAAAUUGAAGAAGGAAACUUUGGCUUUUUUCGUAGUUGCUACUUAUGGAGAUGGAGAGCCUACUGAUAAUGCUGCCAGGUUUUACAAAUGGUUUACAGAGGGAAAUGAAAGUGGAGUAUGGCUUCAACAACUAACGUAUGGUGUUUUUGGUCUUGGUAAUCGUCAAUACGAGCAUUUCAAUAAGAUAGGGAACGUUCUUGAUGAACAACUCUCUGAGCAAGGUGCAAAGCGUAUCAUUCAAGUUGGUCUAGGAGAUGAUGAUCAGAGCAUUGAAGAUGAUUUUAAUGCCUGGAAAGAAGCGUUAUGGCCUGAGCUGGAUAAGCUGCUCAGAGGCGAGGAUGAUACAAGUGUUGUAACCCCUUAUACAGCUGCUAUUCCUGAAUAUCGAGUGGUGAUUCAUGAUCCUGCUGUUACUCCUGUGGAAGAUAGUUCCUCAAGCAUGCAAAAUGGGAAUGCUGUUGUAGACAUUCAUCAUCCUCGCGGAGUGAAUGUUGCUGUACAGAAGGAACUUCACAAACCUGAAUCUGAUCGGUCUUGUAUUCAUCUCGAGUUUGAUAUUUCAGCGACUGGUAUUACAUAUGAAACAGGAGACCACGUUGGUGUUUAUGCUGAAAAUCAUGUUGAAACGGUUGAAGAAGCUGGGAAGUUGCUGGGACAAUCUCUGGAUUUGUUAUUCUCUAUACAUGCCGAUAAGGAAGAUGGAUCACCUAUGGGAAGCUCAUUACCACCUCCCUUUGCCGGCCCCUGCACACUUCGUACUGCUUUGUCACGUUAUGCUGACCUCUUGAACCCUCCUCGAAAGGCUGCUGUGAUUGCCUUGGCAGCAUAUGCUACUGAACCUAGUGAAGUGGAGAAACUCAAGCACUUAACAUCUCCUGCUGGAAAGGAUGAAUACUCACAAUGGAUUGUUGCAAGUCAGAGAAGUCUUCUAGAGGUGAUGGUUGCAUUCCCGUCUGCAAAACCCCCGUUGGGCGUGUUUUUUGCUGCUAUAGCUCCUCGUCUCCAACCUCGUUACUAUUCUAUCUCGUCCUCGCCAAGAUUUUCACCUGAUAGGGUUCAUGUUACUUGUGCCCUAGUCCAUGGCCCCACUCCAACUGGUAGAAUUCACAAGGGUGUGUGCUCGACAUGGAUGAAGAGUGCAACUCCAAUGGAGAAGAGUAGUGACUGUAGUGCGGCUCCAAUCUUUAUUCGAACAUCCAAUUUUAAGUUGCCAUCAGACCCUUUAACCCAAAUUGUUAUGGUGGGACCUGGGACCGGCUUGGCACCUUUUAGAGGUUUCCUGCAGGAAAGGAUGGCACUGAAAGAAAAUGGAGUUCAACUAGGUCCAUCUUUGCUCUUCUUCGGGUGUAGAAACCGAAAAAUGGACUUCAUCUACGAGGAUGAACUCUAUAAUUAUGUUGAUCAAGGCGUCCUAUCUGAGCUCAUUGUAGCGUUCUCUCGCGAGGGACCACAGAAAGAGUAUGUUCAACAUAAGAUGAUGGAAAAAGCAGCAGAAGUUUGGAAGCUAAUCAAAGAAGGAUAUCUCUAUGUGUGUGGUGACGCCAAGGGCAUGGCAAGAGACGUUCACCGGACUCUACAUACCAUUGUUCAAGAGCAGGAGGGGGUGAGCUCAUCAGAGGCAGAGGCUGUGGUUAAGAAACUUCAAAUGGAAGGAAGGUACCUGAGAGAUGUCUGGUGAGAGAGAUGGGCUUCUGAUUAGUUUUCCUUUUCCCCCAAUUCUUCCCCAAAAAUCUAAUAAAUGGCCGAUUGAUUCUCUCCUUCUGGAUAGAGAGAGCAUCUGGGCUUUUUUUUUUUUUAAUUACAACUGCUUCUCAUACUGAGACUGGUCUUCUUCAGGACAGGAACCAUAUGAACUUAGAUAUUUUUACCCUCCAACUCUUGCUGCUUAUAGUCAGACAUGAAUCGUUUUGUCAGAAUAUAAAAUGAAACAAUUGUUGUAAAAUAAAUGAUUCUGCUGUGAAAUACUUGCGUUUUUUGAAUCAGAAUCA